CGUUUGCCAACAUUAAGAGUUCCGAGUUUCUCAUAUUUUUAUUACUGUGCUUUCCUGAGUUUUACAACAUCCUUUAUCCAAUUCGAAAACUGGUGGAUGUCAUAUGGCAUCAAAUAUUCUCAACUCCAGGAAGAUCCUUAGUCGAAGGAAUUACGAAAGUCAUAGAAGAGAGACGAAAAAAUCGAGCGCUUCGAAGAGUUGAUCUUCUUCAGAUGAUGUUGGAUGCUCGAAUUGCUAAAGAAGACAUUCAAAACGUGACUGCAAAACAGCUGACCGCUGGUGAAGACGAACCAACUGAAGAUGUUUCUAAAGUCAAAGAAGGAAAUAUCGAAGGACGGGAAGAAGCAGAUCAAGUUUAUCACAGAUUGGGAAAUUAGAGCAAAUUCUAUAACUUUCUUACUGGCCGGUUAUGAAACAACAAGUACAGCCCUCGGUUUCACAACCCAUAUACUGGUGAACCGACAAGAUGUCCAAGAAAGGAUUCGAGAAGAAAUAAACGAUGUCUUGGGAGAAGAUGGUGUCUUAGAUUACAACACAGUAAACGAGCUUCGAUAUUUAGACCAAGUUUUUUCGGAAUCUCUGCGACUGUACCCGCCAGUUAUCACGUUCGUCAACAGAGUUGCUGACGAGGAUUACCAGCUGGGUGAUUUUAAAAUCCCCAAGGACACUACCAUACAGGUCCCUGUUUGGCAACUCCAUCACGAUCCAGAGAUCUGGUCUGAGCCAUACGAGUUUAAGCCUGAGAGGUUUCUCCCUGAAAAUAUGAAGGAUAUACACCCCAUGGCUUAUCAACCAUUUGGAUCUGGACCACGAAACUGUAUUGGCAUGAGAAUGGGGCAGUUGGAGGCCAAACUAGCUUUGGCUAAAAUCUUACGCGCUUACAGAGUAGUUCCUUCUGAGAAGACGGAAAUUGGAGAAAUCCAAUAUAACGUAAAGUUCUUGACCAUUGGUCCAGUACAUGGCAUUCACGUGAAAGUAGUUCCCGUCUAGUGGUGGCCUCUUGUGGAAUGAAAUAUUCAAAUAUAUAUAAUAAAUCUUUAAUUACUUACUUGAAUGUAUCAGUUGAGAUUAAGUACAUUGAUAUUAUUAACUCUA